ACGGUUUGGUGCGAUAUACUUGGACAAUACAUAUAUUGACGCGGAGCGGCUGGAAUUUCCCCCCAGAGAAGAAUCGCUGGCGAAUGCUGUUGCUCUGCUGAGAGAGCUGUUGUUCAGUGGUGCGCAGCCGAUAGUGAUCGCUGUCCCGAAAGUUGGCCGUGAACAGUUCCUUGUUGGUAUUGCUAAGCAAUUACAGCGCAAAAUAUAUGUUGACGAUGUACGCUAUGAAAUAGCCGAGAUUCUUGGCUUGAGCGAAUAUUUUACAACUAAUCGAGAUGAUGCCAGCAUUUGGGCUUGCAACAGGAGGACCAGUCGUGCGGUAUUGCAUCAGCCGAAUUCACAUGCGAUAGAAGCUUCGAUGCUGUUUUGUAUCAGACCAGCUAUUCUAAGAAACAACGAGCGCUUGCACUGCAUUGAAUAUUCGGAUCACUGUAGCCCGAAUGAGUUGUGCGAUUUCCUCUCUCAUAUAUCGUUCUCGAAAAUUGUUGCACUGGCAGUUCGAAUGACACAGGAACAUGUUGGACUUGCGUUUAACUAUGCUUUGCAUAAUGUUUUUGGUCCCCAAACGAGAUUGGAUGCAAAUGCGGCGAAUGGUACCGGCGAACAGCAAAUGCAGGUUGAUGAACAGGUUCCAACUACGGCUGCUGAGGGAAGUGCAAGCACAUCAGUAAAUAAAAAUACAGGAUCGAGGGGUCCCAGUACAGCAAGCCCAUCUAAGUCUGGAAGAAGGGCAGAUGGUGCAAGGGAUUCCGAUAUGACUCGAGCCGAUGUUGUCAAAAGCUUAAGGGAUGCGAUUACAAGAAUUGCGGAUAGAGUAAAAAUGCUGGAUCGAGCAGAAUUUGAAUGUAGUGAAAGGAGAAAUGCAAGAUCAGCAGCAUUUUUGGAGCAAACGAAUAUGUUGGAAGCUGUAAGCCAUUUAAACGGUGCGGAAUAUGAGAGAUAUCAAAGGGCAGCAUCCGAGGCUUUAUCAGUUCGUCUUUCAUCUUUGCCACGUGUUCCAGAGGACUGUAUGGAUUAUGAGCUUCCAGAGGCGGUGUUGGAUGGCGACGUUCGUGAU